GCGCAGAGCGGCGGCGCCGGCGUGCUCGGGGCGGUGGCGGCGCGAGGGGCGCGCAUGGAGCCGCCGCGGUCGCAGCGCCCGCCCGGCCCCGGCCCCGGCCCCGGCCCCGCGGCGCCGGGCAGGCUGCGGGGGCUUCCGGGCCGAGCGCAGCGCCUGCCGGUGCCCGCCGAGCCGCCGCUCUGCUCGCUGCUGCGCGGGUUGGGCCUGCAGCCCCGCGAGGCUCUGCCGCGGCCCGGCCCCGCGCCCGACGGUGACCAGGUGACGGCGGCGUUCCCGGCCCGCGGGCGGGUGCUGUGGCGAGGCAGAGGGGACACGCUGCCUGCGCCCCCCGGGAGAGCUGCCACCGUGCCGGCCGAUGGGGUGUCCUGCGCCGCUGCUGCGCCCACCCUGAGCCCGCCGGGACUCAAGAGCCUCCCGCCAGCCCCAGCCGCUGCCAGCAGACCGGCGCCAGGGACGAAGCCAGCGCCGAAGGGAACAACCUUGGCCCUGGGGCUGAACUCUGUGAAAAUCCACUGCCAGAACGCAGCCGUGUACCAGUACCACGUCACCUUCAGCCCCGAGGUGGAGUGCAGGAGCGUGCGCCUGGCCAUGCUGAAGGAGCACCGGGCGGUGACGGGCGACGUGACGGCGUUCGAUGGCUCCAUCCUCUUCCUGCCCAUCCAGCUCCCGCAGCUCGUCACGCUGAAGGUUGAGCGGAGGAGCGACGGGGAGGAGGUUACCAUCACCAUCCAGAUCACCAAGGUCCUGGAGCCCAGCUCGGAUCUCUGCAUCCCCUUUUACAACGUGGUGUUCCGGAGGGUGAUGAGAAUCUUGGAUAUGCAGCUCGUGGGGAGAAACUUCUUUGAGCCUGCCCAGGCCACGGUGUUACAGCAUUACAGGCUGCAGAUCUGGCCGGGAUACGCUGUCAGCAUCCGGAAGAAGGACGGAGGCCUCUUCCUCUUGGUUGAUGCCAUCCAUAAAGUCAUCCGCAGCGACUCCGUCCUCAGUUUCAUGCACACCAUCUACAAGCAGCACCUGGGCACGUUCCAGGAGGAGUGCAUCAAGCAGCUGGUGGGCAGCGUUGUCAUCACCCGCUACAACAACCGCACCUACCGCAUCGACGACAUCGACUGGAGCAAGACCCCCAAGGACAGUUUCACCCUGGCCAGCGGCGAGGACGUCACCUUCGUGAGCUACUACAGCAAAACCUAUGGGAUCACCAUCAGGGAGCUGGAGCAGCCGCUGCUCAUCCAUAGGCCAAAGGAAAAGCUGACUCCGGAGGGGAAGCGUUGCUUGGACAUGAUACUGCUUGUGCCAGAGCUCGCCUUCAUGACUGGGAUUCCUGACAUAAGGAAGGACAGUCGGAUGCUGAAGGACGUGAUGCGGGAGAUGCUGCAGAGCCCCCGGCAGCACUACCUGCGCCUCACCAGCCUCCUGCGCCGCGUCCGCGACAGCGCCGAGGCCUCGCGGGAGCUGCUGCGCUGGGGGCUCCGCCUGGACCUCGACAUCCACAGGACCGAGGGCCGGGUCCUGCCCAUGGAGAGGAUCAACCUGCGGCACAGCUCCUUCAUCCCCACCGAGGACCUCAACUGGAACAAGGAGGUCGUGAGAGAAGCCUCCAUCUCGGCGAUCUCCAUGAAUUACUGGCUGCUGGUGUACCCCAAGCGCCUGCAGAACCUGGCCAAGGACCUGGUGUGUGCCAUGGAGAGCGUGUGCGGCCCCGUCGGGAUGCGCAUCAGCCACCCUGCCCUGGUGGAGCUGAAGGACGACCGCAUCGAGACCUACGCCAAGACCAUCCGGAGCGUGCUGAGCAGCGAGGACAAGGUGCAGAUCCUCCUGUGCAUCAUCUCUGGCAGCCGGGAGGAUCUGUAUGCGGCCAUCAAGAAGCUGUGCUGCGUGCAGUGCCCGGUGCCCUCCCAGGUGAUCAAUGCGCAGAACCUCAGCGGGCAGCCGGGCAAGAUGCGGAGCGUGGUGCAGAAAGUGUUGCUGCAGAUGAACUGCAAGCUGGGGGGCGAGCUCUGGGGGGUCGACAUCCCCCUGAAGCAGCUGAUGGUCAUCGGCAUGGAUGUCUACCACAACCACAGGAAAGGGAUACGCUCCGUCAUCGGCUUUGUGGCCAGCAUGAAUCACGUCCUCACCAGGUGGUAUUCCAGGGUGGUUUUCCAGAUGCCGCACCAGGAGAUCGCCGACAGUCUCCGGCUCUGCCUGGCCGACGCGCUGCAGCACUUCCAUGAGAUGAACCACUGCUUGCCCAAGAAGAUCGUGGUGUACCGGGACGGCGUGUCCGACAGCCAGCUCGACACCGUGCUCAAGUACGAGAUCCCGCAGAUGCAGAAGUGCUUCGACACCUUUGAGAGCUACGAGCCGGGCAUGGUGGUGGUGGUGGUGCAGAAGCAGAACAGCACCAACUUCUACACCCUGACAGCGGAGCAGUUCGUGUCCCCUCCGCCGGGGACGGUCAUUGACCACACAGUCACCAGCUCCCAGUGGCAGGAUUUCUUCCUGCUGGCCCAUCGCUCGCGGCAGGGCUGCAGCAUCCCCACGCGCUAUGUCUGCCUGCUGAACACGGCCAACCUCAGCUUCGAGCACAUGCAGAGGCUCACGUUCAAGCUCUGCCACCUGUACUGGAACUGGCCGGGCACGGUGCGGGUGCCGGCGCCCUGCAGGUACGCGCACAAGCUGGCCUUCCUGGCGGGACAGGUCCUGCACCGCGAGCCCAGCGCCCAGCUCUGCGACAAGCUCUUCUUCCUCUGACCCGUGCCAGGGGUGGCAGGAGCCGGCUCCGCAGCGCUGCUGAGCCCCCCCCGCGGGGCUGCCUCCCUCGAACCUGCCCCAUUGGGGGUUUUACUUGUUUAUUUCUGCACACGGUUUCUUAGGUUCGUUUCUGUUGGUUUAAGAGGAUGCUCAGACCCCUCCCAGCCUGGCAGCAGCGCCCUGGGGCCGCGGGCUCUCGGGGUCCCUCUCCAUGGGAAUGAAACCAGACCAAAGCCCAGGGUUAGCAGCCUCCAACCAGUGCUCCCAGUAAGGGGGUGUGAGCAGUGACCCCGCUGCGAUGCAGCUCAUCCCUGCUCCCCCCAGGCGGGUGCUGGAUGUGAAUCCCAACGGGUUGUGGUGGGUUUCGCCCUGAUUUCUUGCUUUCCCAGCGGCUCAGCUGCCACGUUCCGGUUUUCCUUUGCUUUUCCAAGCUCCUGUUUUGCUAAGCCCAGCUCCGGUUUGGCUGCUGGCGCCGUCCUUGAAGAGUCACUGGUUUUUCAAGGAGGGCUCUUUUUUCUUCUUCUUUCUGCUCGAGCGGGUCCCUGUCCCAAGGGAAACCCCGCGUUUGAGUUCUCACCUAUUCCGAGUUUCUUUGCCGGGGUUGAGACCUUUGAGUUUGAAGCCGUUGGGGGGUGCAGCCCCUCGGAUCACUUGGAUUUUGCCUCUAACCCCCCUUGUGCAGCGCGGGCAGGGACGGGGGGGGGGCAGGAGCCUCUCCCCUCCCUUUUAAUGCAGAAAAGAGUUGAAAAGACUCGAUUUUUUCUUUUCUGUACCUGUGGUUUUCAGUUCACCGCAAUAAAAGCAUUGCUGGCA